GAGACAAUAUUAAAGACGGAUAGAGUAUAUUAUAAUGCAGUAUUUGCAUAUACAGAAGCAUAUUACUAUUUCUUAUCCAACGUAUAACAGGUAAGUGACAGAAGUUAAGUGGUGGAAUAGUGGUAUCGCUUUCCAUCUCAGAACCGUCAUCAUCUUAUAUUUUUCCAAGUAGAUACUCCACGUCACUUCUUACACUUACAUCCAUGUCACACACCAAAAAAAAAAAAAAAAAAAGUGGGUCCCAUGGCGGCAUAUAUUUUCAGUCAACUUUCUCUUCAUAACUUUGUCAGCUAAUCAUAAUAAUCAUCUCUCAAAAAAAUGAACACAGUCUCUUUCUCUCUCCUCUUUUUCUCUCCUCUUCUCUCUAAUAUCGAUGACGAAAAAUUCCACUACUUUCAUCUUUCUCCAUCCACGCUUAGAUUUGUCUCUCUCCUACUUUAACAUUUUUCCAGAAACUUAAAAUAUUCAUCCAUUUUUUGUUUCUUCGAAAAAGCGCUGAAAAAUCAAAUUUCUGCUAUUUUUCAUUUUCGUCUACAGAAAUCCCCAAUUUCGCCGAUUUUUUUUACUUCAAAUUAGGGUUUGCACUUCGAAUAUGAAGCUUUCGUUAGUGUUGCUAUUGUUAUGAAUUUUGUGGUGUAAAUUUCAUUGAGUUGUGAUUCUUUCAGGAAGUGUUCAUUGUGAGAUUGAAUUUGUGCUACUGUUGUGAGCAAUUUUUGUUAACUUCUCUGAUUUCGGCACAUUUUGGACGGAAAAUUAGGGUUUUAGAUAUAUAUAAAGAGGUAUUUUCUUCAAUGCCGAGAUACUAGAUUUGUGAUUGUGUUUGCGGCGCAAAUUCCACGAAAUAUGGCGGCGGUUGCGGCGACGGCGGAUGAGAAGAGAGAGAAAAUGUCUGUGGCGGAGUUGAAAGAGCGACAUACUGCUGCAAUUGAACAAGUUAAUUCUCUUAGAGAGCAGUUGAAGCAACGACGUCGUCAUCUUCUUGACACUGAUGUUGCGAGUUUUGCGGCGUCGCAAGGGAAGGCGACUGUGAGCUUUGGACAGACAGAUCUUGUGUGCUGUAGAACAUUGCAGGGUCAUUCAGGAAAGGUGUAUUCAUUGGAUUGGACCCCCGAGAGAAACCGGAUUGUUAGUGCCUCUCAAGACGGGAGGUUGAUAGUUUGGAAUGCCCUAACAAGCCAGAAAACUCAUGCUAUUAAGCUUCCUUGUGCGUGGGUGAUGACAUGUGCUUUCUCUCCUACUGGUCAAUCGGUUGCUUGUGGAGGCCUUGAUAGCGUUUGCUCAAUAUUCAACCUUAAUUCUCCCACUGACAGAGAAGGAAACCUGCCUGUUUCAAAAACUCUUAGCGGGCACAAGGGGUAUGUGUCAUGCUGUCAAUACAUUCCAGAUGAAGACGCCCACUUGAUUACCAGUUCCGGUGACCAAACUUGCAUUUUGUGGGAUACAACUACAGGAUUAAGAACAUCUGUCUUUGGAGGUGAAUUUCAAUCUGGCCAUACUUCUGAUGUCUUGAGCCUUUCUAUUAGUAAAGCAAACAAUAAAAUGUUUGUAUCUGGCUCGUGUGAUUCGACUGCUCGAUUGUGGGACACUCGUGUUGCAAGUCGUGCUGUGCGAACAUUUUAUGGCCAUGAGGGAGAUGUAAAUGCUGUUAAGUUUUUCCCAGAUGGUAACAGAUUUGGCACUGGGUCAGAUGAUGGCACAUGCAGAUUGUUUGACAUUCGUACUGGCCAUCAACUUCAAGUAUACUACCAACCACAUGGUGAAAAUGAAGUUCCUCAGGUUAAAACCAUCGCUUUCUCUGUAUCUGGAAGGCUUCUCUUUGCUGGCUAUUCAAAUGGUGCUUGUUAUGUCUGGGACACUUUACUGGCACAGGUGGUUCUGGAUUUAGGAUCUCUUCAAAACUCCCAUGCUGGAAGAAUUAGCUGUCUGGGUUUGUCAGCUGAUGGGAGCGCCCUGUGCACUGGAAGUUAUGACACAAACCUAAAGAUUUGGGCUUUCGGAGGUCAUAGGCGGGUAAUCUAAUCUCUACUGACAGCUAAUGGUCUCUUAAAUCUUCAUUAUUUGAGCCAACUUAUUCCAUGCUGCUCUCCAGUAUAUUGUAAAUUAAUACUCUUUUCUUGUAAACCUUCUUGGAGAUGCUAAUGAUUUAGUUAUAGUUUUCACCUUUUAUUCCAAGGCUGUGAAUCUGUGGCAUGAAAUGCUGUGAGAAUUUGCCAUUUUCCUCUA